GAGCAUGCCGUGUAAAGAUCUUGUGUCUAAGCUGCGCAUGUGCCACAUUUAUUUGUUUUGAUCUUCCUUUGCGGAGAGGAGACCGUCGGUUCGAGCUUCCUGAUAGGGACUUCUCAUGUAAGCUAAAAUGGGACGUUCCUCCAAGGAUAAGCGAGAUAUUUACUACCGUUUAGCAAAAGAAGAGGGUUGGCGAGCCCGUAGUGCAUUUAAACUUCUACAGCUGGAUGAGGAAUAUCACUUGUUCCAAGGUGUGUCACGGGCUGUGGACCUCUGUGCUGCUCCUGGAAGCUGGAGUCAGGUCUUGAGCCGAAAGCUCAAAGGAGACAGUGGUAAAAAUUCCGAUAUCAAAAUAGUGGCUGUUGAUUUGCAAGCUAUGGCCCCACUGCCGGGAGUCAUCCAGAUCCAGGGAGACAUUACGAAGGUCUCUACAGCCCAGGAGAUCAUUCACCAUUUUGAGGGGCAGCCUGCUGAUCUGGUAGUUUGUGAUGGAGCCCCUGAUGUGACUGGACUCCAUGAUAUUGAUGAGUACAUUCAGGCUCAGCUGUUACUUGCUGCCCUAAACAUUACUACUCAUGUACUGAAAAAAGGAGGAACUUUUGUGGCAAAGAUAUUCCGAGGGAAGGAUGUCACGCUUCUUUAUUCCCAGUUGCGGAUUUUCUUCCCUGAAGUGACAUGCGCAAAGCCCCGAAGCAGCCGUAACUCGAGCAUUGAAGCCUUUGUGGUUUGCCGAAACUACAGCCCUCCUGAAGGCUAUGUGCCAAACAUGUCCAAUCCCCUGCUGGAUCACUGCUAUGAUGUGGAUUUCAAUCAGUUAGAAGGUCCCAACCGGGUGAUUGUUCCUUUCCUGGCUUGUGGAGAUCUGAGUGCUUAUGAUUCUGACAGGACCUAUCCUCUGCAGCUGGAUCCAGAGAAGGAGUAUACUUACCUGCCUCCCACUCAGCCCCCCAUCCACCCUCCCUAUGAAGAAGCCUGUUUUCUAAAGAAACACAAUCUUCUCACAAAGGAACCGUCGCUCCAGCCUCAGCUACAGGAGCCUCUGCAGCAGCAAGAGGAGGGUGCGGUGGGCUUAGAGGCCGAGGUCAUAAAUGCCCUGGAGGAACUGUCAACAUGAUACAGAGCCAGAGAGGCAGAGGGAAGGCAUGCGUUUGUGUCUCCUGGCCUCUGCUAGUUUGAAAGGCUUUUCAUGUAAUCAUCCUUCUUCAUUAGCUUCUAGGAUUUCUUGUUUGAUUCUCCAGUGGAGCUAAGGAAGUCCCGUGGUCCCUGAGUAAUCCAAACAGCAUUGUUUUUAAUAGAGUCUUGUUCACUUCUAAAAAGCUUGGAGCCCUCUUGGAUUCAUGUAGCAUAAACAGGUAGCUGUAAAAGCAAGACUAUCUCUGCUGCUGUCUACCCACUGCACUCCUCUGCAUCCUCAGGCUUAGGAAGCAGAUGCACUCUGAACAGCAAGCCUCUAGAGAACAAUCCCAGUCAGAUCCUGAUAUGGGUGGUGAAUGUCUCAAGAAUGGGGGGCAAGGGGGGCAGAUUCAAAUUUCUAUUCACCAGUCAAGGGGGCAGCUUCUGGUUACAUGGUAGUCUCUUGGCCUGACUCACCUUACAAGAUGUUUGCAAGAACAAAUGAAAGGGGUAAUUAUAUUGUAUUCUGUGUGAUGAAAAAUACAGUAGAAAUUAUAUUUUAUAAAUGUUCAUCCUGCUGUUCUAACUGUAAA